AUCGUGCUCCAUUAUGCAUCUUUGUCUACCAUGCUGUGGCUGACGUUUAUUGCUAGAAACAUCUGUAAAGAUGUGUCCAAAGACCCACUUCGGACCCAAGACAGGAAUGGGCCAGCCCAGACUCACACCAAACCAACCAUCCUCAGAUUUUAUCUAGUAAGUGAUGGAAUCCCUCUCAUAAUUGUUGGAGUUACAGCAGCGUUUGGUAUGGACAACUAUGGCAGCAGGGAUGAUGCUUUGUAUUGCUGGAUGGCAUGGGAACCAAGCCUUGGAGGUUUCUAUGCCCCCAUGAGUCUUCUGGUCUUAGUCAUGUCUGUUUACUUCUUGUGCACCUACAUCCAGCUUAAACGCCACCCAGAGAGGAAGUACGAACUGCGAGUUCUGAGUGAGGAGCAGCAGCAAUUAUCAUCCAGUGAGUCAAACCAUCACUGCCACGCAGACACAGGGGGAGCUUCUGGGCCUGCUGGGGACUGUCCGCCUUUUGCAACCGGCGUGUCAGUUCUGGCCAAUGAGCAUUCAUUUAAAUCUCAGCUCCGGGCCACAGCCUUCACCCUCUUUCUGUUUCUGGCUACCUGGGCUUUAGGAGCAUUGGCAGUAUCACUGGGGCAUUUCCUGGAUAUGAUUUUCAGCUGCCUGUAUGGGGCUUUUUGUGUCACUCUAGGACUUUUUCUCCUUAUCCAGCACUGUGCCAAACGUGAUGAUGUAUGGCACCGCUGGUGGGCUUGUUGCCCAUCCAAGUCCAAAACAGAGGAUGGGAAUGAGGAUGGACAGAGCCAGAGGCAGGAGCUGCAUCAACCACACUGCCACUUGAGCUCCCCAUGCUCAGGCAAGCAGCCGCUACUCUCUCCUCACCUUGUGCAGAGUUCUUAUCACAAAAUGACACCACCUCCCCAGAGUCCCGCACCCAAUCACACAGGUUCAUGCUGCGUGGCCAUGAUGGGUCCUGUCACCCCAACCCCCAUCUCACCUCUCGCUGAGCCAGUGCCGUCACCACGUCCACAAUCACUUUCUGACGAGCUCCCUCGUCCCACUUUGCCUCUACAGAGCUGCCUUAAUAACAGAACAAAGUCACGCUCCUUCAACCGCCCACGCCCAUGCCUUCAGGACUACCGUUCACACAUGACUUCCACCAGUAUGGAUGGCAGUGUUCAUAGCUCCCACCUGGACAGCCCUCAUGCUGCGCACCACCUUGAAGGGUCACCUUUGGUUUCCAGCAGCCCACACGCAGAUAUCCAGCUUCCCUGCCCCAGCCCUCACUUGGAUAAGCAACUAGCCUCCUGCCACAGUUUGCAACGCCAGACCUCCUGUCACAGCGUACAAGACUCAAUGACUUCCUGCCACAGCCAUGCACAUAACAUGCAUGACAGCAUUACUUCCUGUCACAGCCUCCUCCUGCCUUCUCAUGGGGUCCACACCUGCCAGUGGCACAUGUACAGCUCAGCUGAUCACUCUUCCACUACAAGUUGCUGUGAGAAACCUGAUCCCUUCUCCUUGCAGUAUCAGCAAGACUCCGACACAUACAGCUGCAUGUCAAAGACAACAGACAAAGAAAAGGAUAAUCUCUGUGUUGAGGUGGAGCAGCAAGGUUUCCCAAGAAAUACUUUGCCUCGGCAGCACGCCACUGUCAGCCGACGAGGUACCAUCGGACGAAAUAGGAGCCUGCAGGAAGACGGCCUGUUUGGUUCAGACGCCACGGGAAACAUACGAACUGGCCCUUGGAAGAAUGAAACCACCGUGUAGUUUUCUUAUGCUUGUACUUGCCAAGCCUUCCAGCAGCCCUGUAACUGAAUCACUCCGUUAAGUGUUUGGGUCUCAAUGCCUUCAGCUUUGCCCUUAAA